UGAAGCCUCAUUCUAAUCCAUGACACGAAGACCCAAUACAGAACCAAUUCUCUGGUCUUAAAUGCGUCCAUAUUAGACUGGGAACCCAAUUUUGUCCCUGAGUUUCCACUUGCCUUCUCCUUUCAGACACUGUCCGUAGCAAAACAACCUCACAAAAUAUAUACCAAAGCCACUUUGCUUUUUUCCCUUAUUUUCUGUGAAUUGGGUGAAGGGUAGUGGAGCAAUGGCUUGGCUUCGUCAAUCACUGGUUUUAGUAGCUCUUGGGUGUUUGUCACUGCUUCUGCAAAUCCAAACGUCUCUUUCCCUCACAUGUUCUUCACAGAAGUUCACAAAAAACAGGCUUUACAGCCACUGCAAUGAUCUCCCACACCUCAGCUCAUACCUUCACUGGACAUACAACUCAAAUAAAUCCUCCCUCAGCCUGGCUUUCAUCGCCCCGCCAGCUUCAUCUUCAGGGUGGAUUGCAUGGGCCAUAAAUCCUAAUCAAACUGGGAUGGUUGGUUCCCAGGCCUUGAUAGCCUUCAAGGAGGAUAGUGGAUCAAUGACUGUGAAGACCUACAAUUUGGUGUCCUAUAAGCUCAUAAAUCAGACUGAGAUUGCAUAUGAUGUUUCCGACAUGGAGGCUGAGUAUGAGAGCGGUGAGAUGAGGAUAUUUGCCACGCUUGCGUUGCCGGAGAACACGCAGGCGCUGAACCAGGUCUGGCAGGUGGGUAGCAAAGUUGUGGAUGGGAAGCCUUCCAUCCAUGGAUUUCAGCCUGAUAAUUUGAACUCUAAGGGCAAGCUUGAUUUGAUUAAGGGACAGAGUGACACCAGCAGUGGAGGGAAUUCUAGGCUUAGAAACAAAAAUAUCCAUGGAGUAUUGAACGCUGUAAGCUGGGGAAUUAUGCUUCCCAUUGGAAUGAUGAUAGCAAGAUACCUGAGAACAUUCAGGCUUUUCCAUCCAGCAUGGUUUUAUCUCCAUGUUUCAUGCCAGGUAUCUGCCUAUGCUAUCGGAGUUGCCGGCUGGGCUACUGGCCUUAAGCUUGGGGGUCAAUCAAAGGGGGUCCAGUACACCACUCACCGUUACAUUGGCAUCACCCUCUUCAGCCUAGCCACCUUGCAGGUAUUUGCAUUGUUCUUGAGGCCAAAGAAAGAUCACAAGUACAGGUUCUACUGGAACAUUUACCAUCAUGGAAUUGGGUAUGCGAUAGUAGUUCUGGGGAUAUUUAAUGUGUUCAAAGGACUGGAAAUCUUGGAUCCACAGAAGAAGUGGAAGUCAGCAUACAUAAUCUUGCUCAUCAUACUGGGGGGCAUUGCUCUGUUUUUGGAAGUAAUCACAUGGAUUGUGGUUGUGAAGAGGAAGUCCAGUGAGCCCAAAAAGGCCUAUGAUGGAAUAAUUGACAGUUCAAAUGGAAGGCAGCAGCCUCUUACCAGCUAAGUUAUAUGGCUUCUUCACUUGCUGAUUUUGAUAUGUAAUUUGCUUGUAUUGAUCUUGGUUAUUUUGAGGACUCCUUCUAUAUCAUACCUUAUUGUCUAUAUUGGCUUGUAUGAAAAUUUGGCGUAUCUCUUUUCUGUCUUUU